AUGAUUUUUUCAUUUCCAGAGCUUUCAAAGCGUGCGUUCAUGGAAUACUUUACGCUUAUGCGCACACCCGCUUACGAAUGUCAUGUGAGGCAGCAGUUGACCGAAGAACAGGCUAGACACACCCAUUUGAUGGAACGAAUUCGUUUGACGGAACAAUCGAUCAGCAAACUGCAUGCGGAGGGGACUGAUUUGCUAAAGAGGUUCACUCGACGGCUCGGUAUUCACAUCUCCACACCCUCGGCAUUUUUUGCACAAGCACGCAAACUCAUCAAACAUCAUCACGUUCUGGAAGGAAAAAUUACGGAGUUCCGCAAACAG